CACAGCUAUACACACUCACACACACUAUACAGAAUAGAUAAUACAAUUACAGAUCCAUUUCAAUACAAUACCUUGCCUCUUUACCUGCUCCUACAUUGCCUCUUUACACAUUCAUUUUUGCACAUUUUAGCAUCAUCUUAACAACCACCAACCAAACCCUAAAAAUACCAUUAUCUUUUUCUUUGCAUCUUUGCUUUUACACAAACCCUUCCUUUUUAUUUUUCUAUUUUUUUUUUUCAUUUUCCAACUAUACAUUAUACACCAAGCUCCAACAAAUAAUAAUCAUGGCAAUCAUUUUCUCUCUCUAACAGAAAAAAAAAACAACCUUUUCAUUUCUCUCUCCUAAAAAAACAAACAAAUCCUGUUCCUUCUUAACUCUUCUUCUCUUAACAGAUCCUGUUCUUUCUUUCUUUUUCUGAAACAAUUUCUUCAAGAAAAAAAGAGAGUGACCCUUUAACCAAAGCUUUCACCUUUAGAUCUGUUAAUGUUUGUUUUGUUAGAAAACAAUGGAAACAAUUCGUGUUUCUUUGUUUCUCACAUGAAAGUUUCUUGCUUUCUUGUUUAACUCUUAAAAGGGUUUGUUCUUGUUUUCUUGAAUUGUGUUGUUUUGAGGUUUUAUCACUACUAGUGAGUGUAGAGAGUGAAAAAGGGUCACAGAUUCUGUGAACAAUGUUGGCCAUUGGAAGUCCUAUCACUAGUAUCCAUAUAAGCACUACUUGCACUUCUUUGCUCAAAGAACUCGAGCAAAUAUGGAACGAUAUUGGAGAGAGCGAAAAGGACAAAGACCGUAUGUUGAUGGAGCUAGAAAGGGAAUGCUUAGAUGUUUAUAGGAGAAAGGUUGAUGAAGCUGCCAACAUCAAAGCACGCUUUCAUCAAUCCCUUGCAGCCAAGGAAGCUGAGAUUGCAACGCUAAUAGCUGCACUCGGGGAACAUGAUAUGAGCUCACCGAUUAAGAUGGAAAAGAGAUCUGCAUCGCUGAAGGAGAAGCUUGCAUCUAUCACACCAUUGGUCGAAGAAUUGAAGAAGAAAAAAGAAGAAAGGUUGAAACAGUUGGCAGAUAUUAAAACUCAAAUAGAAAAGAUAAGCGGUGAGAUUUGUGGAAUCCAUUCUGUCAAUGAUGACGUGAGUGUCAGCAGCACAGGUGGUGUAGACGAACAAGACUUGUCACUUAGAAGACUUAAUGAAUAUCAAACGCAUCUUCGUAGUCUUCAAAAGGAAAAGUCGGACCGACUUCAGAAAGUCUUGCAAUGUGUGAAUGAGGUGCAUUCUCUCUGUGGUGUUCUUGGAUUGGAUUUCGGCCAAACGGUAGAUGAUGUACAUCCAAGUUUGCAUGGGACUCAGGUGGAACAAUCGACUAAUAUUAGCAAUAGCACAUUGGAAGGUCUAGAGAAGACCAUUCUGAAGUUAAAAACAGAAAGGAAAGCUAGAAUACAAAAGUUGAAGGAUAUUGUCGCUAACCUAUUUGAACUUUGGAAUUUGAUGGACACUUCAAAAGAAGAGAGAAACUAUUUUCUGAGGAAUAAUUCUAUUGUCACAACUUCAGAAUCAGAAAUCACCGAACGAGGUGCUCUUUCAACAGAGAUUAUAGAGAAGGCAUCGGCGGAAGUGGAAAGACUUGCUGAACUAAAAGCCAGUAGAAUGAAAGAACUUGUAUUUAAGAAGAGAUCAGAGUUAGAAGAAAUAUGUAGAUUGACUCAUAUUGAACCUGAUACAAGUACUGCUGCUGAGAAAGCUAGUGCAUUAAUAGAUUCCGGCCUGGUUGAUCCGUGUGAACUAUUAGCUAACAUUGAAGCACAGAUAGUAAAGGCAAAAGAUGAAGCUUUGAGUAGAAGAGAAGUAACAGAUAGGAUUGAUAAGUGGCUAUUUGCUUGUGAAGAGGAAAAUUGGCUUGAUGAAUAUAGCCAAGAUAACAAUCGGUACAGUGCUGGGCGAGGUGCUCACAUUAAUCUGAAACGUGCAGAACGAGCAAGAGUAACUAUAACCAAAAUUCCAGCAAUGGUUGACAAUCUUAUAAGCAAAACACUAGCAUGGGAAGAUGAAAAGAAGACUUGUUUUCUAUAUGAUGGGGUACGUUUAGUGGAAUUAUUGGAUGAUUACAAACUGACCAGACAACAGAGAGAAGAAGAGAAGAGACGACAGAGGGACCAAAAGAAGAUGCAAGAUCUACUCCUAAAUCAAAAGGAAGCCAUAUAUGGGUCUAAACCUAGUCCAAAAAAAACUAACAGCUUUAGAAAGACAAACGGUUAUCGUGCAAAUGGCAACAGCAUCGGCUAUGGCAAUGGCAAUGGAUCUAUGCCUCCUACACCUCGACGGAACUCAAUGAGCGGUACAACAUCUGAACUACACACACCACGCUCCUACUCUGGUCGUCAUAACGGAUACUUCAACGAAAUGAGAAGAUUGUCUACUGCACCUCUCAACUUCGUGGCUAUACCUAAGGAAGAUACAAUGUCAUAUAGUUGCAGUUCCGAACCCGAGUCCCCUCCCCAAGUUUAAGUUCAAAAAACCAAAAAUGGAAUAGACUAAGAUUUUCCUGUAAACAUUGUUAAAACCAGAGCAAACCUUGUGAAUAGUAUGUUGCUUGUAAUAAGCUGAGAUAUAUACAUGGACAGUGAGACUGAGUGGGAUAGCUGACAUUUGAGGACAGGAAAUUAGCUUUGGGAAGUGUUGAUACAGGUAGGGACAGUUAAGGAGACAGUGAAGAUUAAUAGUGUUUGACUAUAUGUGUGUGUUGUGGGUUUUAUUUGUUUUUCUGUGUCUCAGCUGUAUAUAUAUGAUUUUCAGCUGUAGUAAGUAACAACUAAGAUUAUUUUGAUCCAUAAUUGUAGGAAAUUAAGUUCGUGCUCAUUGUUUUGAUGUAUGUGAAUCUAUAACACGGUAUUUCUGAUUGAAGUUGUGUCUAGUGUUCAAUAUAUAUGUGUUCGAUGCUCGAUUCCAACAUAACAUUGACACUUGGUGUA